AUUUUGCAGCUGGGGAGGCCGACCUCCCUACGGGAUUUCCCUGGCUCCCAGGUCCCAGGGGAGAAGAGGGCGGACUGAUGCUUCCCCUGCAUCCCUCUCCACUAGCCAAAGAGCUCGACUCCACCCUCCUCCGGGGAGUUGCCUAGCAACCCCAUCCGGGCCAGAGGGAUGGAGACAUGCGUCUGCUCGCUGAGACUGUUCUCUCGCAGGUAGCCGGACCUUCAGUUCCUGAGGUGCGGGGGCACCCGCAGGGGUGACAUGGCCCCCGAUCACCUGUCCGUGAGGCAGAUGCGGGAGGAGGAGAAAGCCCUCGUCUUGGAGCUCCUGAAGGAAGGUGUGAAGGACACGGAGAACCGCGCAGCCCUGCACGCGCUGACGCAGCCGCCCGCCCUGCUGCUCCUGGCCGCCGCCAGCAGCGGCCUCCGCUUCGUGCUGGCCUCCUUCGCCCUGGCCCUGCUCCUGCCCGUCGCCCUGGCCGUGGCCGCCCUCAAGCUGAUGGCGCGGACGCGCUGGGGCUCGCUGCCCUCGCCCUGCGGCCCGGGGGGCCCCUGGGUGGCCGUGUGGGGGACGGACGACAUCUGCGGGGUGCUGGCCCUGCGUCCCGGGGCCGACGGGCGCGGCCUGGCCGUGGCCCGCCUGGCCGUGGCCCGCCGGCACCGCCGCCGCGGCGUGGGCUCCAAGCUGCUGGCCUUCGCCGAGGCCCGGGCCCGGGCCUGGGCCCGCCAGGCGGGGGGCCCCACAGUCAAGCUCGUGGUCCCCGCUCCCGUGGGGGCCCGAGGGGCCGCCGCGCUCCUGGAGGGAAGAGGCUACCGGCCGGAGGGGGGCCGGGGCUGGAUGGGCCCCGCGCUCCUGCGGGAGUUCAGCAAAGAGCUCUGA